AAAAGACCUCGAUAUCUGCACGGAAACACAGCUCUACAAAACUUUGGGAUUCUCCCCUUGCUGCGCAUAUUAUCAAUAUUCUGUUCUACACAGUACGCAAUAAUCCAUAAUGACCACACUAGGUCCCAACAUGCCCUCCAUCCCCGCCAACGAAUCCCCCCACAUCACCUACCUACGAGAAUGCAUCUCCCUAGCUGAAAAGUCACCACCGCGCCCUACGAACUUCCGAGUUGGUGCCAUCCUCGUGUCGCGCAGUGAGAGCAACUCCGGUUUAACUGACGACCGGAUCCUUUCAACGGGCUACACAAUGGAGCUAGCGGGCAACACACACGCCGAGCAAUGCUGUCUCUCAAACUACGCUGCCGUGCACUCCAUCCCAGACGAGCGUGUAGGCGAAGUACUCCCCGACGAGCCAGGAAGGAAACUGGUUAUGUAUGUAACCAUGGAGCCGUGCGGGAAGAGACUAUCUGGGAAUCUACCGUGUGUGAAAAGGAUCAUUGCAACUCGCGCAGGGAAAAGGCGGGGGGUCCAGAAGGUUUAUUUCGGGGUGAAAGAGCCAGGGACUUUUGUAGGACAGUCUGAAGGGUGUAAGAUGUUGACUGAGGCUGGAGUGGAAUGGCAGCUUGUCUCGGGAUUGGAGAGAGAGAUCCUGGCUGUGGCUUUUGCUGGACAUGAGAAUAAGGAAGAGAAGGUAAAGACGGCUCUGGGAGAGGCAGAGACGAACAUUAACGAUAUCAGCGAUGAUGAGAGAAGAAGACAGGAGCAGCUACCCCGGAAUCCCAAGAAAAGGAUGAUGGAGGGCGGCAGGUGAGUCGUCUUUGUUGAAUGAAAUGAAUAUAUAAAAAGAUACGAGUCAAGAAUAGUAUUCAACGUAAAGACGCCCAUCACUGUGAUGGAGCAUAGUAGUAAACUGAAAGCAUUUGCG